CGGCGCCGAGCCGUGUUUACCCGCCGCCGGCCCCCGCCGCGCCGACAGGGGGCGCCGCCGCCGCCGCUCCGUCCCGCCGGCCGCCGCCCCGAGGAGAAGGCGGAAGUGGCGGCGGCGGCCGUGGGGCCGGCGAGCAUUUCUGAGUGAUACUUGAUCAGCUACUAUGAGCCUGCUACAUAGUGAUAACAGUUGUGGAGCCCGAAACCUGGAAAGUGGCUGCUGUGCAGCCAUGGCCAGUGCCUGCAGUGUUGGAGCGAAAGAAGACAGUGUAAGCGUGAGCAGUGGGGCUGGAAACCCUCCAAGCUCUUUCACAGAGGAAACUCAAGGAUAUGAUGUGGAGUUUGAUCCACCCUUGGAAAGUAAAUAUGAAUGUCCAAUCUGUUUGAUGGCUCUUCGGGAAGCAGUGCAGACACCAUGUGGACACCGCUUUUGCAAAGGCUGCAUUGUCAAAUCAAUCAGAGAUGCCGGUCAUAAAUGUCCAGUAGACAACGAAAUUCUGCUUGAAAAUCAACUUUUUCCUGACAACUUCGCUAAACGGGAAAUCCUUUCAUUAAUGGUGAGGUGUCCCAACAAGGGCUGCUGUAUGAAGAUGGAGUUGAGGCAUUUGGAGGAUCACCAGCUGCAGUGUGAUUUCUCCACUGUGGAGUGCCCACAGUGCCAAGGAUCCUUCCAGAAGAACCACCUAAAAGAGCACGUGACGCAGGAGUGUCCAAGGCGUCAAGUCUGUUGUCCGAACUGUGCCACGUCUAUGGCUUACGAAGAUAAAGAGCUUCAUGACCAAACCUGUCCGCUAGCCAACGUGUUUUGUGAAUAUUGCAACACAGUGCUCAUCAGAGAGCAGAUGCCUAAUCAUUAUGAUAAUGAUUGUCCUACUGCCCCCGUACCAUGUUUUUACAGUGCCUUUGGGUGUCCUGAAAAGAUGCAGAGGAAUGAACUGGCACGACAUAUGCAAGAGUUCACUCAGGUUCACAUGAGAAUGAUGGCUCAGAGUUUUCAAAGUAUCAGUGUUACUGCUGCGAAUCCUGUACCCUUCAUCAAUGGCCUACCCUUUGAGCCUGCCCUCUUCCCCCCAGUCUCACAUGCCCCAUACGAUUGUAAUCCAGAAGUCGAAAACUUCAAAGAAACUAUUCAGCAGUUGGAAGGUCGCCUGGUAAGACAAGAUCACCAAAUCAGGGAGCUGAUUGCUAAAAUGGAGACUCAGAAUACUCACAUGGCAGAACUCAAACGUACUAUCCGAAAUUUGGAGGGAAAAAUUACUGAAAUGGAGGCGCAACAGUGUAAUGGUAUUUAUAUCUGGAAGAUUGAGAACUUCAGUGGACUUCAGAAAGCCCAGGAAGAAGAGCGACCUGUUGUGAUGCACAGUCCUGGCUUCUAUACUGGAAAACCUGGCUACAAGCUGUGUUUGCGCCUACACAUCCAAUUACCAAAUGCUCAGCGUUGUGCUAACUUUAUAUCUCUGUUUGUCCACACUAUGCAAGGAGAAUAUGACAGCCAUCUGCCUUGGCCUUUCCAAGGCACAAUACGACUUUCUAUUUUGGAUCAGUCAGAAGGACCCGAAAGGCAGAAUCAUGAAGAAGUAAUGGAAGCCAAGCCGGAGUUACUAGCCUUCCAGAGACCAACAAUUCACCGCAAUCCGAAAGGUUUCGGUUACGUGACUUUCAUGCACCUGCAAACCUUGAAGCAAAGAACCUUUGUAAAGGAUGAUACUCUCCUGGUGCGCUGCGAGGUUCUAACACGUCUAGACUUAAACAGUCUCCGCAGAGAAGGAUUUCAAGCUCGCAGUACUGAUGGGGCUAUUUAACCUGAAAGUCUUAACCAAAGGAAUGGAGUGGCUGGUGGUCAUCUUCAGCCACGGAUUACAAGCAUGCUUCCUGGUUUAUAUAGACUGAAUGUGUAAAGAUCAUAAAAUUCAGUGUCUGAAUCAGUGUCACUCUGCAAGCUAACAUAGUUGAUCUUCACCUGAAUAGAACUUGAUGUUGCUGGUACACAAUAUCUUUUUUUCUCUGGGGUCAUGUGUUUAAAUAUUACUUAUUGUUCUCUCUUAAUGUAGUAAGCUACUUCUGUAGCAAGCUAACUAAAUGAGUGUUGUUAAUAAUCAAAGCUUAAUUGCCUGCAGAAGAAUCCUGCUGAAGUACCUGGACAUCUCUGCUUGGUGAUACAAAAGUCCUAUCAGAAAAAAACUGUAAACCUUUGUGCCUCACUGUCUUGGUAUAGAUGUACCUAUGCUCUAGCAGGGAAAUAGCUAAAUUAAUAAUGCUGAGGGUUUGAGCGUUUUUUGUUUUGUUUUACAGAACUUGGGGAAGAUUUGCCUUGGGGUUGAGAUGGUUUCUAUAUUGACUCAUCAAGAAUUUUGAAUUGGCUGUGCUUCUCUUGAAAUCUCAAAUCAGGUUGAGGCUUUGAUGCCGUCACCAAAAGUGAGAUAUGCUGUGACCCUUCUCUCCUGUGAAGCUAGCUUCAGGAAGUUGCACGUUGAUGUAGAGUUGAUACGAGAAUUUCUGAAAGACGUGUGUUAGUGUUGUGGAGAAGGCUAAAUGACUCUGAGUUGAGUUCACUGAAGAAACGCGUAAGGUGGUCUGAAAGCACCCCCCAAAUUCUCUUCAUUUGACCAAUCUUUUUGUAAGUGUGUAUUCCAGGCUAACAAUGUCAAUCAAUGUUUAGCAUUAGAAUGGGAUACUUCUGUGCUGGUAUGACCGCCUGCUAGUGCUAGACGUUUUUCAGGUUAUGAGUGGAUACACGGGCAAAGGUAUGUACUAACCAGAUAAGGUGUUCCAGUUUUUUUUUUUUUAACUGUUUGUCAAACCUGAAUUUGCACCAGAGUUGAACUUGUAACCUAGACUUGCAUCUGUUCAAGUGAUUCCAUGGUGUUCUGGGGAUGUACAGUGCUCUCCUGUUAAUUCUCAGUGGACAGCUGGCCAUAUCAGCAUCCAGGAGUCAUGGGUAUUUCUCUGUCCCAUUAGACAACAGGAGCUGGGCCACCCUCAACAUUUUGGAGGGGAAGAAAAGCCUUCCAGUUAGACAGUGUGAGGGAAAGACUGCAAUCCUGUUUGCUCUCCACAAGAAAAUUCUGGCUUCCCUACUGGCCCGUUUACCAAACACUAGAUUUGCUAUUUAAAGAACUCAGGACCUUCCUAAAAUUGCAUAUGUUGCUGUUUUCUGUACUGAGUAUGCUAUAUAAAUUAGCUUUGACCAGUCAAAGCUGAGUAGUUUAAGUUCACUGGUGCUAACAUAAGUUUUUAAUUUAUCAUGGUGCUGGUAAAGUUCUGAAUUUUGUCUUUUAAAAAAAAAGUGGGUGGGGGGGGGAAUUGUUCAUCCCAUAACUUAAGUACACAGUCAGAUACAGAAGAAAGAACUAAGCCAUUCAUAAGCCUAUGUUCUCCAUUAUUUCUCUAAACUAGUGAAACAAGCUAAAGACUUAAGAGACUGCAACUGAAAAGAUACUGAACGCAUCCUGGGUAUUUAACCCCACCUAAGCAAUCCAGAAAGGAUCAUCAGUCAGGAAAGUGCAUACUUAAUACAUAGAAGGCCAAUGAAAGAGCACUGUAAUAUACUGAUUUGGGGGGUUCUCUGCUUACCUGCAUGAAAGCAAAAAUUCCAGGAUGCAGCAUAUCACUUUUUCACCAUAUCCAGAUGAAUAAAGUUUAUUUUGCAGAUGGAGCCUAUUAAUUGAAGAGGGGUUAUGUUCCAUGGAGUAUUGCCACUACUGAAACCUGAACUUCCUGGCUAAUGGUAAAUGCAGACAGUCUCAUUGACUUAUUUAGUCAGUUUUAUUUAGACUUCAUUCUGUGCAUUUAGAGGACUGCUGAGUGUAUAUUACUCAAAAUACCAAAAGAUCAUGCUUUAAAAUUGUGGUUUUUAAAACUCUUAAUAGUUUGUUACAUGCAACAGCCUCAACCUAUUAGCCACAUUGUUUGGAAGUGUCUUCGGUUACAGCAUUCUUAGUAGUUAAACCAUUCUUAACCAAGGGCUUUUAAUGUAUGUAACAGUGCCCAGGUCCAGUAAAUGCAGAAAGCAGUUCUUGACACUGUACCUUAGUUCUCUAGUCCUUUUCAGGCUGAUAGUUCUCUUUUUUGGUUGUUUUUUUUCCCCAAGAUGUUCAAAGACUACUAAGGUUCUCUUUUUUUUCAGGCAAAAGGUAGGAAAAAGAUUUGUAAUAUGAGAGCUUCUUCCUGCCUCAGUUCCUUUCUCAACCUCAGUGAUAGUAACAAAACUGCUCUUAGUCUGUGUUCUAAGAGUUCAUAACCAAGAGCCACUAAGUGCAUUAAUACUUUCCUCUGCAAGUUUUGCGUCAUGAACCUUGAAGUACCAGAAGCUGAAUUUCUGAUUUGAGCGUUAUGUUAGUUCUGGUGGGAUUCUCACUUGGGAGGAAGCUCAGUUUGGUGACAGGUUUUAGGGGUUUAAGUGAAUCAGGUUAAUAUUGCACAAUAGCACAACCCAAUAGGAAAUAGAAAGCUAGUGCAUGUAUAAUACUGUAUUGACCACAGUAAUAUCAAUGCUUUAGCUUCACUGCUGCUCCUUUACUGGUUUUGUAUCUUAAAAUUAGCAGGAAAAACUCUGAAUGAUGCCAGAUUACUAUAAUGCCAGAAUUAUUUUACAUGAAAAACUUUCAUAGCUAAUUAUCAAUUAAAACGUUUCUGUUUUGACAAAUUGUAAAUGCUAAUGAAAGGUUUGUUCAUCUUGUUGUCCGACUCUCCUCUUUCUCCCCUCAUCUUCCAGGCUACUCCUUAUUUUAACUGCAGUUCCAGAGCUUUCUCUUAAAAAUAUCAUUUCCAGCUAAUGGACGAACGUAUGAGUCUAGAUUGUUACCAGCUCAGAUGCAGGCCUGCUAUCCUCUUGUUGAACUCUUAGGCUAGCACUGAGAGGUUCAGUCCCUGUAUGAAAAUAUACGUUCAGUGAAACAGCCUCUUCCCGCCCCCCCCCUUCCUCCAAUCUGAUUAUCUUUUGAGAAAUCAUUAUACCAUGGUGGAUUGAGGUGUAACGACAAGAAAUACUUGACUGGAAGCAGAAAGGUAAUCAGCCUUGAGACUUGUCUCCAAAACAAAUCUGGAGUAAUGUGGGGAUUGAACUAGUUUCUUUUUUUUCAGGAAUGGAGUGCUUUAGCUCUGUAACUGUUAAUGCUUUGCUGCAUUAUUGGCUCUCAAGGUGUUUGUUUUAGAAGGUGGCUUAGCUUCUUUUAUCUUUCAAAUUUUUAUUGUUUUGAACAUAUUUAAAGAAGUCAGACACUCUUAGUAUAUGUAUUUGCAAAGCUGCUAUGGCACAAAUUUUCCAAGUAUAGUAUAUUGUAGAUGUGUUUUCUUUUUUGCCUCUGAAUGUCUCUCCCUGCAGGGCAGGGAAAAGUAUUUGACUAAAAAUGCUGGUAUGUCGUGUAUAUGUGGGAGCUCAGCUACAUGAGAUGUACAGACUUGUUUUUUUAGGUGGUAUCGUGAUAUGCCUGGUCAUGUUUGCUGCCAAGGGGUUAAACUUGCUAAUGAAAUAAAAUUAGAAUGGCCUUCCUUUUCUUAUUUAGAAACACUUUCUCAUCAAAUAUAGUGAUAGCUGAUGCAAAGGGUUAUUCUGGGGUCACUGUUAAAGGUUUGCGUUGGUUGCAUUUGAACAGAAGGGAAGUGCUCCUGUUCUCUGGGAAGUAUCAAUAAAUUGUUUAAUAUAUUUUGUAAUUAAUACACAGCUAUAUUUCUGACAGGAUUUUGAAAAAUAAACUAAUUAAACUGUG